UGAUGGGAAAGGACAUCUUCAGAUUACAUACGCUCGACGAUAUCAUCACGUAGCUACGAAUCCUUGCAGGACAGACAAGGUCUUGACGAGGUGAAACGUAUCUUGACUUGAUCCCGGGUUCAUCAGCAACAGCAGCGAAAGCAGCAGCGAACGACGAACGAACGAAAAGAGGGGAGUUUCUCUUGGCAAGAACCUCUUGGCAACCCAACCGCAACAACCCAUAACAACACGCAAAGACGACAUCCAUUCCUACUUCCGAGGAUGUCCCACAACAUCAUCGUAAACCCCGCGGACAAGCCCGUAGUUGUAGAUAAUCACAACGGUGCGGAUCUUAGUACGGCCCCGACGACGAGCACUACGAUCUCCCCCAAUUCCGACCACGACCUCGAGAAUAACGGGAGGCUCUCUCCGACGGCCUCUCGUUCAACCAGCCACAAUCAUCAUCAUCUAGGCCUCGGUCACCACCAGGAUGCCUCCAACUCCAACGAAACCGAACACCCGCAUAAUCACAGGAAACCAUCCUCCGUCGUCAAACGGAUGACAACAGGCCUCUUUACCCCAGAAAAAAAAAUCAAAAGGCACCCAGGGUGGAAAGUUUCGGCACUCAAUUUGGUGAAGAGUAGUUGGAUCAAUUUGUUGUUGGUUUUUAUUCCUGUUUCAUGGGCCCUCCACUUCGCACUCGACGGAAAAGGGCAGGAUACGUUGAUCUUCGUCAUGUGCUUUUUGGCGAUCAUACCUUUGGCAGGGCUGUUGGGAUACACCACGGAGAACGUGACCAUGUGGACGUCCCAGACCAUUGGGGGGUUGUUGAACGCUACUCUGGGGAAUAUGGUCGAGCUCAUUGUCUCGAUCAUCGCCCUGAUCAAGUGCGAGCUCCAGGUCGUACAGAGUAGUCUGAUCGGGAGUAUCCUGAGUAACCUGUUGCUCGUCUGCGGGAUGAGUUUCUUUCUCGGCGGCACACGCUUCGCGGAACAACAGUUCCAGGCGACCAGCUCUCAACUCAACUCGUCCCUCUUGUUGAUGUCGGUCAUCUCGGUCCUCAUCCCGGCGGCGUUCCAUUUCACGAUCAACUCGUCUUCGAACGGUUCGGCUAACGGGGAAGAGAUCCUCACGGACGCCCAGGAACGGUCGGACAUCCUGGCCAUGUCGCAUGGGGUGGCCAUCAUCCUGCUGUUGCUCUACGUGGCGUAUCUGGUGUUCCAGCUGUUCACCCACGCCGACCUGUACGCCGACGAAGAGGGCCCGACCAAGUCGACGACUUAUCCGGUGCAAGUCCUCAAUGCCCCCGGUCAGUUGAAAGAGAAGUUGGCCACGCCCAUCCGACGUCGAGCGGAAGCGAACCGUCCGCCCGAGAUGGUCGGAGGGUUGUCGAUCCACCAUGCCAUCGCUCACGUUCACGGCACGUCUACUGCGCUCGAACGGACGCCCGGGAUGAAGGUCAACAAGGACGGCAGGGUCACCAGCUGGGGUCCCGAGGGUCCGCCGAGAGGAUUGGAGAACCACGAUCUGGAGCAGGGAGACGAGGAGGAGGGCGAGGAACCGGAGAUGAGUUGGGAGGCGGCGUUGAUCAGCAUGAUCAUCGUCACCGUGCUCGUCGGGGUCACGGCCGAGUUUUUGGUCAGCUCGAUCAACGGGAUGGUCGAAGCGAACCCGAGCUUGUCGCAAGAAUGGGUCGGUCUGAUCUUGUUGCCAAUCGUCGGAAAUGCUGCUGAACACUGGACCGCCGUCAUGGGAGCGUAUAAGGACAAGCUCGACCUUUCCAUCUCGGUCGCCGUCGGGUCGUCCAUCCAGAUUGCACUCUUCGUCAUCCCCUUCUCGGUCAUCUUGGGAUGGAUCAUCGGCAAACCCCUUUUGAUGCUGUUCGACCCGUUCGAGAGCGCCGUGCUGUUCCUCGCCGUCAUUAUCGUCAAUCAGGCUUUGGCGGACGGCAGGACCAACUGGAUGGAAGGACUUAUCCUAUUCAUGGUCUACGUCUUGAUUGCCGUAGCAUUCUGGUACUACCCCGGAAGCAACACUGCCAACCUGAUCGGUCAAGCCGGUUGUUCGUAAAGGCUUUGCUCGGCUCCUUCGCCCCCCUUCAUAAUUUCGCUCGGAAUUCCCGUAUACCCCGCCAUGAAGUCUCCCGUCAUGUAAUAUAUGAAAUAUACACGAUCGAUGCGAUGCGCCUUG